UAUCGGCAGGGUGUCUCCAACGAAUGCCUGGCGGUUUUUCGGACGAGCUGCUCUUUUUGUGGGGCCUGGAGAUGAAUUGGCAACCCCACAAGGGGAGUGCAACAGCCACGACGAGGUCUGAACGUUCAAGCGGUGCAUGCGGGCGCCCCGAGGGACUGGGUCCCCGCAGAUUCGUACUAUAUCUAAGCUGCAUGGGUCGGCAGCGCUCUUAAGCAUGUCCCGCGCGCUGAUCUUUCUUGAAACUUCAUCCCAAUUUUUCCACUUUUGCUACUACUGUUCAUCCCAUACGGUUCCAGAGACCUCGAAACGAGGCUGAAGAACAGGGACCUUGAAGAGGAAUAAGCGAAGAAAGAGUUGGACACCAUGGGCUUCCUCGGCAUCCUCGAGGACAAGCACCUCCAGCAUGUGCCGGCAACUGUGAUCCUGUCCGAAGAGGAGCACCACAGGUCAGAGGCUACAGCAGGACUGAAGCAUGGAAAGGGCAGUAAUGCCGACAUCAUCCUCAUCCCUCAACCCUCCGAAGACCCCAAUGACCCCUUGAACUGGCCAACGUCGAAGAAGCUAGUCGUCAUGUCCAUCAUCGCAUUCGGCUCCAUCAUAUACGCUGCUGUACUGUCACCGCUUAUGUCGCCCGUCCUCGUCGUCGUGGCCCUGGAGUUCAACAAAAGCGUCGGCGACAUCACCGUCAUUUCGGGAUACAUGCUUCUCGUGACGGGCUGCGCGGGUCCGCUCGUCUCAGCCGCUUCGCGGAAGUGGGGAAAACGGCCAAUGCUCCUCCUUGCCAGUCUCUUUGGGUUGCUUGGUACUAUUAUUGUCAGCGCGACGAACACCUAUGACGGUCUGCUCGCAGGUCGAAUCAUCCAGGGUGGUUCAGUCUCUGCCUUUGAAUCUGUCGUGGUCGCCUUGAUCGGCGACUUGUUCUUCGUCCAUCAGCGUGGCACAUACAUGACCGUCAUCCAGUUCAUUCUCGGCGCCGCCUCCAACUUCUCCGCCAUCAUCGUCGGACCCAUCGCUACCAACCUCGGCUGGAAAUACCUCUUCCACCUCUUGAUCGCCUUCACCGCCUUUGAGACCAUCAUGCUCUAUCUCUUCUGCCCCGAAACGGCGUACAACCGCGACCACCGGUACGACAUCGACGAGCUCGCCGAUGACCACCUCGCGGACCUUGCUGCCAUCGAGAAGCGCCACGCCGGCGGCUCUGACACAAAGUCUGGUAGCGAUGUUGUCAAGGUCGAGACGGCGAAUUCCACCAGUCCUGCGUACCGCCCGAAGAAGACGUUCGUGCAGGAACUCGCCAUCUUCACGGGCACCUACUCGGACGACAAUCUCCUCCAGCUGGUGAUCGCGCCCUUCGCCGUGUGCGCCAACCUCGCUGUCCUCUGGAUGGUCAUCGUCACCGGCGGGCUCACCGCCUUCUUCGUCGCGCAAUCCUACGACAUGGCGCAGAUCUUCAUGGCACCGCCCUACCUGCUCGACGCCGCACAGGUCGGCUACCUCUCCCUAGGCCCCUUCCUCGGCGGCCUGCUCGGCUCCAUCUUCCUAGGCGCCACGCUCGACCCGCUGAUCAAAUGGUGCGCCAAGAAAAACGGCGGCGUCUACGAGCCCGAGUACCGCCUCAUCGGCAUGAUCCCCUCGCUGCUUACCGUCGUCGGCCUCUUCGUCUUCGGCUACAUGUGCGAGAACUUCUACUCCUACUACGCCACCGCCACCUUCCACGGCGUCGACCUCUUCGGCAUCGUGUGCGCCGCCAUCGCGAGCGGCGCGUACAUCAUCGACGCGUACCGCGACAUGAGCAGCGAGAUUUUCAUCGCAAACAUGGUGUUCAAGAACUUUUUGUUCUAUGGCUUUAGCUAUUUUGUGAAUGAUUGGACGGCCGAGGCUGGGCCCGCGACCGUGUUUUAUGUGUUUGGCGGCGUGAGCGCGGCUAUGAUUCUCACGACCCCCGUGUUCUUCUAUUGGGGGAAGCGGUAUCGCAGCUUCUGGCAUAGGCAUAAUGUGCUGGAGAAGUGGGGGAUUCGGACGCAUGCGGAGUUGUAAGCGUAGCGGUUGUGAAAAAGAGCUGCGCGGGAGCUGGCUGGGUGUGGCUUUGGAUCAGUU